AUGACACUACGCAACGUACACGCUCUUAGCGGUUGCCGUCGCGAUGACAAGGUAUUGAAUACGUAUAAAUUAAAUACGGCUUCAAUACUUGGCCAGUUCCUACGUUGAAGCAAUAGUAAGCUUUCCGUUCGGAUACAUUCCGGGAAGGAAUAAUUAAAUUGGAAUGAUGUCACCAUUUAAGAUAUUUUUCGCGACAUUUUUAUGUUUUGGAUUAACAUAUGGAUACAGCACGCUGCGACGUCAGAUCCCGAACGGUUACCGCGUUCGGCACCCAUGCGGCCCCGACAGGGGAUAUUGGGAGGCGGUCGGCCACAUGGGAUCAAAUUACAUGCCUGAGAAAAACGCAUUUGGAGCGGAUGUUCGAAAGAUAUUGCAAGACCGGACACUGGACUGGAGCAAAGUGUGUAACCUUGACUCCGACGGAGACGGACUAACCAAUGGGGAGGAGUUGGGUGACCCCGGUUGUAAAUGGACCACAGCCAACGGCAUCACACCGUUCGGCCAGGUCAAAGGACAUCCAGGUCUGUGUGAGCCUGAGCGGAGCCAGUGUACCAGUGGCAAAACGUUCCCCGAAUGUCCGAACAGCAACGCCGGCGGUGGCGGAGGUCCAAGAAUUACGGUACCCCCAGACGCAAAUGACCACCCGGGGACUCAAUUGACAAAAGGAACCGGACUUUUCAGCUCUCAGCCGAACACGCCUACUGGAUUCAGGGGAGGUGGUGGUUCACAGACACGAGGCAGGCAGCCCUCAACUGGAGGUUUUGGAGUGCCAGGCUCGACAGGGUUUAUGGGAUCCAGGGGAUUCAGCUCAGGAGGCUUCGGUGACCCCAGACGCCCACCCCAGGGAUCGGGGGGCGGUGGUGGCUUCAUACCUACGCCCUUGGAUGGAUUUGGUGGCGAACGCAUGCCACCAUUGGGCGGGGGAGGCCAGGGCUCUUCUUCGUCAGGAUUUAGUGGACAGUCGUCUGUCGGGGGUGGACAUGAUAGUCGCUUUGGUGGACAGUCCUCUGGUGGUGGUAGACCCGCAAGUAACUUUGGUGGACCGGCUUCUGGUGGUGGUGGUGGUGGUGGACCCGCAAGUCGAUUUGGUGGACCGACUUCUGGUGGUGGUGGACCCGCAAGUCACUUUGGUAGCCCGACUUCUGGUGGUGGUGGACCCGCACGUCACUUUGGUGGACCGACUUCUGGUGGUGAUGGACACGUUAGUCGCUUUGGUGGACAUACUUCUGGCGGUGGUGGACACGCUAGUCGCUUUGGUGGUCCGACUUCUGGCGGAGGUGGACCCGCUAGUCACUUUGGUGGACCGACUUCUGGCUUUGGUGGAGAGUCACAGGGCUUUAAUGGGUAUCCUGGAGGUAGUUUUGAACAGGUAGAUCCAUUUGGAAGACCAGCAUCUAGCUCUACAGGACACAGACAUUCCGGUAGCGAUGGAUCAUCAGGCCCAUCAUUUACGGGUGGUCAAGGGUCUUUUUCACCUAUUAGUGGACCAGGAUAUCCUUUCGGAAGUGAGUUUGGAACUGGUGGAUCAAUGUCACACCGUCCAGGCUUUACCACGGGCUUAGGGACGGGCGGGUCGUCUGGAGGCCACGGGUCAUCAGGGAGCUUUGGAGUUUCACCAGGCUCUUUAACACCAGAGUUGAUUCGAACCGGCGUGCAGUCAAGAAUAGCCUCCGAGCGGGAACGAUUCGGUGCAAGUGGUGGUAGCCCGUCCAGCGGUACCGGCUCAUUCAUGGGUGGAACCAGCCGCGAUUUCUCAUCCGGAUUCUCAUCGUUUGAUCCGACACUUAGUGGCGAAUCUCGGAGGAUGCCCGGGUUUGGUGGAAGACCCUCCUUCCCGCCCAUGAUGGGGCCACGCCCCUAUUUCUUUUGACGUUAAUCUCUUACUUAACACAACCUGUAUCUUAAAAGGGAAUGGAAGUUUUUAAUUCUUUUAUUAUCGGAAGCAUUUUACCAGUUAAUGUACAUUACCUGUGAAAACUUGUUAACCGACGCCUUCAAAUAGUAAUAAAAUGAUGAUGAAGUAAUAAUAGUAAUUUUACAUUACUCCAAUGGUCAAUACGGUUUUGAUAAUGCUAUAGUAUCAAUAGUUUUUCAUAAUUGUUUUUUGAAAAACUAUUGAUACUGAUAACUACGCGUUUUCAUAUACAUACGUGUUGUUGCAUAAAGCAGUCAAGUCAUGGUCGUAUUCUGAUUUGUUAUGAACAGUUUUAUAAAAUGUAGAUACUGUAUGAUUGAUAAUGGUAUUUAAUUAGAACCGUGUCUUUCUUUUCGAGACACAAGAUUGAGUAAUUCAUAACACUUAAGUAUUUUUGCUGUAUAUAAGAUGGCUUUUAGAUUUUUGCGCUAUGAAUAUAUAUUUCCUACAAUUUUAAGUGUGAUUAAAUAUAUAAAGUGAAAGAAAAUCGGGCUCUCGUCAAAUUUGCAGCAAAACAAGUAUGCAAAUAAAAAAAAGAUAAAAUGUGAGUUGAAUAAAAUAAUAAAAAGUG